AUGGGAGUGCAUUAUAAAUCCAAAAUGUUGACGCGACGUUGUAGUGUAAUUUGUGCUCGUCAGCUUUCCGCAAAACAGUUAGUAUAUGCUGAAUAUGGUGAUCCUGCGAAGGUGUUGAAACUCCAAAGAAUUGACUUGAAUGACACUCCUCCAGCUGGGCAUGUACAUGUGAAGUGGAUUGCAGCUCCUAUAAAUCCUGCAGACAUAAAUACGCUGCAAGGUGUGUAUCCCAUAAAACCGCAGCUUCCUGCAGUCGCUGGGAAUGAGGGAUAUGGACGCGUUGAGAAGGUUGGCGACGGUGUGAAAAGUCUCCAAGUUGGGGACCACGUUUUACCCUCGCGGUCGGGGUUAGGUAUUUGGAGAAGCGAUGGUCAUCACAAAGAAGCCGAAUUGUUUCCCAUAGACAACACUUUGCCCCUAGAAGCUAGCGCCACCCUUCAGGUGAAUCCUCCGACAGCUUACCGGAUGCUUAAGGACUUCGUUGAUUUGAAGCCUGGAGAUACUGUCAUUCAAAAUGGAGCCAAUUCAGCUGUAGGAAAGGCAGUAAUCCAGAUCUGCCGUUUGCGCGGUUUUCGUUCCAUAAAUGUGGUUCGUAAAAGAGAAGACAUGACACCACUAGUUAGCGAAUUGAAGUCGCUGGGCGCUGAUGAAAUUAUCACCGAAGAAGGACUAAUUAAAGAGUAUCGAGGUAAGAUCAAGGACGUACGUUUGGCGCUCAAUUGUGUAGGAGGGAAAUCUGCUUUAUUGUUAUCUAGCACUCUUGGAUUUCGGGGUUGCAUGGUCACCUAUGGAGGAAUGAGCAAACAACCAUUACAGAUCCCAACGGGACCUCUUAUUUUCAAGGACAUUCGUUUGGCAGGCUUCUGGAUGUCCCGAUGGUAUGAGGAUCCGAAGAAUAUCGAGGAACGCAAACGAAUGUACACUGAAUUAGGGGAUUGGAUAAAGGCUGGGGAGCUUCGUCCACCAGAUCUGGAGAAACGUAGCAUUGAGCAAGGACCGGCCCACAUGUUUGCUGAACAUAUCCGCUGGGUCGGAAGAGGACAUUCCUCUAAGUCGGAGCACGAAACCGGCAAGGGUGCGCGGAAACUCGGAACACUCUCAAGGGCUCUGUGGGUAGAGAGGGCGGGGAAAAGCUAUCCUAGUCGUGCAUCGUCGUACAAUGGCAAUGUCCUCACAUACGACGCGUCCACACCUAUCGACCAGCGCGACAGAUGCAUUCGUUUCUACGCGUCAAAGGCUUUCCAAGUCGACGAAGGGAACAAGGGCAGGCGGUACCCGGCAAACCCAGACCCGACACGGUCGGAUGUGGUCCAAGCAGCGAACCCUGGCGGAAUCCAGCUGUUAGGCUGGGCUCAUCCAGCGUCCCAGAACGGAGGAGACUGGUAA